CUUCAGCACAGACGUGCGGCAGAAGUAAUCCCUCCAUAAAGCGGACUCAGCACAGCAGCAGAGAAACAGACGGAAGUGGAACAGUUUGAAUGUUUUCUUCUCUCCUGACAUCCGUGGAGCGCAGGAGCGGGGGAGACGCCGGUGCGCUCCGCGAUGUCAGCCGCUGUUAAUGAUAGGGAUGGGAAGAGGAGAGGGUGCUUCGUUUGCAGACGUCGCCUCGCAUGUUUGUGUAACGGACAAUUAAUUGUUACCUGAAGAUAACUGGGCAGCACUUGUGGAAAGGGAAGUGCGAGGAGUGUUUUGGUGCCAGCUUUAGAAAAGCUGCUGGGAGCAGCCGGUGGAUGUGGCACCAUGGGGAUAAAGACAAGACUCCAAGCCAUGCUGAUGUUAUUGUGGAUCAUUCAAGGUGACACAAAGAAGGUGGAGUUCCCCAGAAAAGAGAUGGAGGUGGUACAAGGCCAGAUGGUGGUGUUACAAGCGUGGUACAGCCCCAGCGCAGACACUUCCAAAAACUCUGUCAUUUGGUACUUCUCUGGGAACGAGUCCAAGCAGUUUCCAAUGCCUGUGAGAUUAUCUCAAACAGAAAAUCGGGCUAAAAUUCAACAUCCACCAUCUGUAGAUGCCAGGAUUAUCUUUAUGAAGGACAUGGUGAUAAACUUUAGCUCAGGUGAGGUCGGACACGGUCAGAACGAGUUCACAAAAAGAGUGGGCUUCAGUGUGGCCAUGCCCUCGGCCAACCUCUCCAUCUACAUCAAUAACACCCAGGAAUCCGACUCUGGUCGCUACACGUGUAUUGUCAUCAUCCCCGGAGCUCCUGGCAUUUCUGGGGAGAUGAGCCUUAAUGUCAAAGUCCCUCCUUCUCCCCCAGUGUGCACCAUGACAGGGAACCCAGUGGUGAAGGGCAAUGUGACUCUGAGCUGUAAGUCCAGUCAUGGAAAGCCUGUCCCUCAGUACAAAUGGACCAAGGCUGCACCCAUGUCUGAGGUCUUCUUCUCUCCAAUGCAGAAGUGGAGAGCCUGCCCCCAGACCAUGCUUGUCCUUGGGUUCAUGGAUGAGAGACACGGUACCCUCAGGCUGAGCAACCUCACUAAAAGCAUGUCAGGGAAGUACAUCUGUCGAGCCAGCAACACCGCCGGCUCCGACAGCUGCUCCAUUAACCUGGAGGUUUUCACCUCUUCCAACGCAGGUGUGAUUACAGCAGCUACUCUGGGGUCAGUGGUGGGACUGGUGGCCAUGGUGCUGUUUCUCAUAUUCAUACUGAGGAGGAGAGGGGACACAGAGGAGGAGAUAGCCAAUGAAAUCAAGGAGGACGCUCAGGCACCAAAGCGAGUGUCAUGGGCAAAGAGCAACACAGGCUCAGAUGGUAUGUCCAAGAAUGGCACGUUAUCCUCCAUAGCCACCAGCCCUCAACCACGAGACCCCCAUCAGCCCAACUUCCACUAUCCGUACUCCCCGAUAUCAGCUUCAGACGCGAGCUCAGUGAUCAACGCCUACCAGCUGCGCCCUGGAGAAGCCAAUACCUUACAAGGGCUUCCUGGCUACAACAUCGGAGGCACGCCGUCGCGUAAACACAGGCGGCCUCCGAGUGCAAACGGGGCUCCUUCGCAGGUUCUCAGGAGCCCUGCGGUCACCAACCCCAAAAGAACUGAGGGGGCGCAGCCUCAGAUGGCACCUCCACCCACUGUGUCCCCACAAGUUAGUUCCUCCACUCUGACACGCAUGGGAGCUGUUGCUGUCAUGGUGCCUGCUCAAAGCCAGGCUGGAUCACUGGUGUAACGGCGUGGGAAGCAAAGGACAGAGAAUCCCUCGCAAUGAAGCGCCCUUUCUCGGUGAAGGCCUGAUAGGUUGAGAGAGAAGGAAAAAAACGUGCUUCACUGGAACAAACUCUUCCUUCGGUUUGUUGACGAACCAGUGCAGUGUUCUUCAUUUCAGUUUUCUUUUAAAUGCUGCGAUCAGGCUCAUUAAAGAGAAAUAUAUUUUUAUUUCCAUGCUUAGAACGAAAAGAAGUGUUGAUUUUACGUAGCAGCAUACAGUGAUAUUGUAAACCGUAGCAAGCAGGAUGGUUUACUUGCGAUUGUCGUGCAAUGUUUUGGCUACAUUUCUAUGAUUUCUACAACUUCAUUGUAAAGAGAUUUUUCUAAUUUCAUUUUUAUGUUAUUUUACCUGGAUGUGUAAAGUUCACUUUUCUCAGGCUAACUGCACUCGUUCAGAGCAAAAACACACAAUUCAGACACUGAAAAUAGUUUCUAGAGUUUCACAUUUCUGGCCCACAUUCAUGUUCACAUCAAGAAACAGUUUCAGUGUGGGUUGAAGACUGAUAAGGACUCAAAACGUGAUGAUUAUGCUUGUUAUGGUAGCUGGAAUGUAACCAAAGUAGUGAGUAUAAGUGUUAAAGGCGAUGGUUUCUGACUAUUUUGCUUAAAAUUGUUGAGUAUAACAAGAUUACUGCAAACAUAUGGCAGAGCCAGUAGUGGAGACCGCUCAAGAAAGCGUCCAUCCUCGAUAUCUGACCAAUGUUUUCUGCUUGUUUGUUUUCAUGAUUUCAAUUACACUGAACUCUGGAGAUAACGAUGCAAUGAUGUUCUGAUGUUGAAAUACUACAUGUAGCACUUUUAAUGCAGUUCUGACUGUUGAUGGAAUUUUGUUUUUCAAUAAAAUGUUCUGCAGUAUUUGA